ACAUCCCACCACCCUCACUAAAUUAUAAGUGCAAAAAAGAAAGUAUAUAAUAAAAAUAUUUUUGGUUAUUAGCUAUGGCUAAGGACGACAUUGAAGGCUCGGCGGAGCAUUCGGCUAAGGACUACCAUGACCCGCCGCCGGCGCCGCUGAUCGACUUCGACGAGCUGACAAAAUGGUCAUUUUACAGGGCCGCCAUCGCCGAGUUCAUCGCCACCCUUUUGUUUCUUUACGUCACCGUUUUGACGGUCAUUGGGUACAGCCACCAGACCGACUUGAAAGCCGGCGGCCAAGACUGCGGCGGCGUCGGCAUCCUCGGCAUCGCCUGGGCUUUUGGUGGCAUGAUCUUCAUCCUCGUUUACUGCACCGCCGGCAUCUCCGGAGGGCACAUAAACCCGGCGGUGACGUUUGGGCUAUUUGUGGGGAGAAAGGUGUCGCUAGUGAGGGCAGUGGUGUAUAUGAUAGCACAGUGUUUGGGUGCUAUCUGUGGUGUAGGGUUGGUGAAGGCGUUUCAGAAAGCUUAUUUUAACAGGUAUGGCGGUGGAGCCAAUAUGCUGCAACCUGGCUAUAACAAGGGGACUGGUUUGGGUGCAGAGAUCAUUGGUACUUUUGUGUUGGUCUACACUGUCUUUGCUGCAACCGAUCCUAAGAGAAAUGCAAGAGACUCACAUGUUCCUGUGUUGGCUCCCCUUCCGAUUGGAUUUGCGGUGUUCAUGGUACACCUUGCGACAAUUCCGAUCACCGGAACCGGCAUAAACCCGGCUCGGAGCUUCGGAGCGGCGGUGAUCUACAACAAAGACAAGGCCUGGGAUGACCAGUGGAUCUUCUGGGUGGGUCCCUUCAUCGGAGCUUUCAUCGCCGCCUUGUACCACCAGUUCGUUCUUAGAGCAUCCACCAUCAAGGCUCUUGCAUCUUUCAGGAGCAAUUAAUUUAAUUUAAUUAAUUAAUUCUUCAUAAUAAAACCAAAGUAGAAGGAAAUAGAAUUCCCAUUCUGCCCUCCAUCCUUGGUUUGGUUUCAUUUGGUUUGAUGUACUCUUGUGUUUGUCUUCUUUCACCAAAAAAAGUCUUUUAUUUUUUUGUUUUAAUUUAUAAUAUGCUCCAUCUUGUAAUUAAGUUGCAUAAAUAUUAUUGUGUGUAUUCUUGCUAAAGCUACUUGUUUCCUCUUUUAA